AUGGCGGAAAAGCCCGCGGUCCUCAUCAUCGGAGGCCUUGGCUACAUCGGCCGCUUCCUCGCCCUCCAUAUUCACCAAAACAACCUCGCCUCCGAGGUCCGCAUCGUCGAUAAGGUUCUGCCCCAGCUGGCCUGGUUGGCACCUGAGUUUCAAGAAGCAUGCGCCGAAUCGCUGGCUCGCAUAUUUGAUCGCCCCGGUGACAAGGAGUGGGACUCCGUCUUCAACUGUGGUGGCGAGACUCGCUAUUCCCAGGAGGACGAGGUCUACAAGCUCCGCUCCCUCGGCUUGUCACUCGCCGUCGGCUCAACCUCGUCAUUGCGCGCCUCGCCCAUGUGUACGGCCCCGUAUGCCUCGCAGUGGGUCGCGACCGCUCUGUGUAUGGCGCGUGUCUACCAGUCCCUCGGCGAGGAGAUGAAGUGGCUCUGGACCAAGGACCUACGCACCAACACGGCACAUAUCAAGGAUGUGACGCGCGCGCUGUGGUCUAUGGCCACGUGGUACGAGUCUUCUGGUGGCCGGGCCGCGUGGGAUGCAAAGGCGCACGGCAACCCCGUGCCGACGUUUAACGUUGUCGACAAGGGCAUGACGACGCAGGGUACCAUGGCUAAGAUUGUCGGCGAGGUGUUUGAUAUCGGUACCGGCUUUCAGGGCCAACUCAUCAGCACCUUCGCGCGACUGAGCAUCGACAGCGUUGUCGACGACGUGAACGAUGAGUUGUUGGGUCCGUGGGCUGAGCUGCUGGAGAAGGCGGGCAUCGCGCGGCCGGGUCCGCUCACACCAUUUUUGGAGAAAGAGCUGCUGAAGGACACCGACCUGAGUAUGGACGGCACGCGAUUGGAGCAGGUCGUCGGGUUCUCAUAUGAGCGGCCCAAGAUGACGAGGGAAGAUGUCGUCGAGGUGAUUGAGAGCUACAAGAAGAUGAAGUGGUGGCCAUGA